AUGCCACCACCACCACCAUUACCAACUCCCACUCAACCUCUCCUCACCAGUGUUCUCGCAAAACCAAAAACAAAGGGCAAGAUCCACGUCUCCUUUACAGACUGGGUUUUGGGCGGCUCACUCCUCUCCAUCAAUUCUCCCAAUCCGAGUAAUGUUGUUCCUGCAGCUACGCGCCAGAGAAAUGAUAGUCAUCGGGAACAAGACGGAAUGGCGGGAGAAGUGGAAAUGCUUGUUGUGAGGAAAGUUAGUAAGAAGAAUGGGCAUAAGAGAAGUAGGAGCGGGAGUGCGGAAGAGGUGGUGAGUGUCAAGGCGAAGAUUUCAGAGGACGUAUUGGAGACGGUUGUGGAGGAGAGUAAGGAAGAGAAGAAGGCAGAAAGCAAGGAGGAAGUGAAGGAAGAGAAGAAGGAAGAGAAGCAGGAAGAAGUGGUUGAGGUCAAGAAAACCGAUGGUGAUGAUAAGGUGAACGUGGUCGAGGAGAAGUCUGAGGAGUUAAAGCAAAAGGGUGAAGAGCCCAAAGCUGAUGUUGUCAUCGAAAUAGCUGCAGUCCCAAGCACCGAAGACAAAGAUAAAGACAAGAAAGCCGAACCGGAUGUCGUUAUCGUCGAGGUCCAAGUCAAGGAAAAGGAAGAUAAAGACAAGGGCAAGGAUGAGAAGAAAGAUAAAAAUGUCAAAGAAACAUCCAAAGGCGAGAUGACCCCAAUCACAGCCACAGAUUCCAAAGAGAAGACCCCUUCUGUUACUGAUAAAGCUACAGAAAAGGCCGCCGAAGCAACUACCGAGACUACAGACGACAAGAAGGAUGAGAAGGGAGAACCCAAAGAAAACAAGACCUGGAAGGAAAUUUCUGGGGAAUUAGGUACCGGCAAGAAAGAAGUGGUGGCACGAUACAAAGUCUUGCAAGAACAAGAAAAGACCGAGAACGAAGAGGAAAAGGCAGAGGUAGAAGAAAAGCCCAAGAAGGCCGAGAAGAAAAAGAAGAUCAAGUGUACCGCACAAGUCGACAAUGAAGAUACAGAAGAGGAAAUCUAUAUCUCACCAGAUUGUCCUUACCAUCAGCCCAAAUCCAAUGCUUCCGCUGCGUCUGCUCCAAAGCAAGAAAAGAAGAAGAAGCGCAAGUCUUAUGGAGAGCUUGAUAAAGAUAGAGAUGAUGAGGAUGAGGAACAGGAAGAACGUAGGCAGGGAAAUGGACAUGGAAAUCAGCAGGGUCAUCUUCGACCGGAUAAAAUAUGGUCAGCAGAGGAUUGCGAAACUCUGGAGUAUCUGAUGGAGAAACAUAGGAGUACACAAUGGUUGCAAUUGCAAGCUGGGUUCUUCAAUUAUACGGGAAGAAAUGGUUAA